GCUAUCAACCCUCACAUAACUUCACACAGACACACACAUUUGCAACAAUUAUAAUCAUAGAUUUUAUCGAUAUAUAUAUAUAUAUAGAUAGAGAACAAGACAAUAACCGAGCAAGCGUACCUUUAUUCGUUUCCUCUCCGCACAAUUAAAUUAUGACAAUCUCAAAUAAUUCACAUUCUUCUUCAUUAUCAACAUCAAUCAAUCCACAAAAUGGUUACUGCUCAAAAACCAAAACCUUCCACAGCCUGAGACCACCGUCACCUCUUCCCAAUAUUAACGAUUCCUGCUCACUCACCAAUUACAUCUUCUCCCUCCUCCGCAACAAUUUAUCCCCUACGUCAUCAUCUCUCAUCGACGCCACAUCCCGCCACGUCAUCCCAUAUUCAAAAAUCCCAAUCUUAGUCAGCAACCUCUCACUCUCUCUCCUCCAACCACCAUUUUCUCUCUGUAAAGGAACCACUGCUUUCAUCCUCUCCCCAAAUUCAUCAUACCUUCCGAUUCUAUAUCUCUCUCUUUUACAUAUCGGCGUCAUUGUUUCCCCCUCUAAUCCAGCCUGCUCCAUCGGUGAACUCUCUCACCAGAUUAAAAUAUCUCGUCCGGCCGUUGCGUUCGUAACGGCCGAGACACGUCACAAACUCUCGAGUUUCGGUAUUCCACGUGUCAUUGAUAUCGAUUCUAACGAGUUCAAGUCUAUGAUGACGAUGAAAAACUCAAACACAUGUACAACGAAUAAUGAAAACGAAUUGCAAACCGAUACAGCGGCGAUAUUGUAUUCGUCCGGAACUACUGGCAACACAAAAGGAGUUAGACUAAGCCAUAGGAAUUUAAUAUCAACGAUCGCCGGAGCGAUUUUCGGAACUCAAAAUAGAGAGAAUCCGGCUGUGUAUCUUUGCACAGCGCCUUACUUUCAUAUUUAUGGAUUUGUUACGUGUUUGAGGACGGUUGCGUUUGGAGAUAGUUUGGUUUCGAUUUCGAGUAGAUUUGACUUAGGGAUGAUGGUGAGGUGUGUUGAGGAGUUUAGGGUUACGCAUUUGGCGGUGUCGCCGCCGGUUGUGGUGGCGUUGGUUGAUGCAAGGAAUGAGGGGCUGGUGAGUGGUGUUAGUUGGAAGAAGUCACUGGAAAGUGUUGCUAGCGGUGGUGCUCCGGUUAGGGUGGCGGUUAUUCAUAAGUUUAGAAAGAUGUUUCCAAAUGUGCCCUUAGUGCAGUCUUAUGGACUGACGGAAACCACAGGUGCAAUCUCACGAGUUGCAGGCCAAUAUGAGAGCACGAUAGUAGGCACAGUGGGGAGGCUUAUAGCCAAUUGUGAAGGAAAGAUAGUUGAUCCUAAAACUGGGGAUGGAUUGCCUCCUAUGAACCGUGGUGAACUAUGGGUUAGAGGUCCCUUCAUUAUGAAAGGGUAUGUUAAUGACAAAGAAGUUAGAGAUACAAUGGUGGACUCACGUGGAUGGUUGAGAACAGGUGAUCUUUGCUACUUUGACAAUGAAGGCUUCUUAUUUGUUGUGGAUCGGCUAAAAGAACUGAUCAAAUAUAAAGGUUAUCAGGUACCACCAGCUGAAUUGGAACAGAUUCUACAUUCACAUCCAGACAUAACUGAAGCAACGGUGAUUCCGUAUCCAGAUGAGGUUGCAGGGCAAGUACCCAUGGGAUUUGUUGUUAGAAGAAAAGGGAGCACCAUUAAUGAAACACAAGUGAAAGAUUUUGUGGCAAAACAGGUUGCACCAUACAAGAAAUUAAGAAGAAUAUGUUUUGUCGAUUCGAUCCCAAAGAAUGCUCCUGGAAAGGUACUAAGAAAGGAUUUGAUCAAACUGGCUAUUUCGGAUAUCUCUUCUAAGCUUUAGGUAGUAUCCUCAUGGAAUGGGUAUGCGACAAGAACAGGGCAUAUCAUCUCCUGACUCUACCUACUCUCGAAAUACAUUGUAUUGUUUAAUGUUUCAAUACUAGCUAAUGAAUCAGAUGAUAUCGGAGCGAAUUUAGAAAAUGUUGACUUUUGACUUAUAGAUGGUCAUAUUGGUUGACAAAUAAAUGUUAUCUUUCUUUCAUUAAUACGUAAACAAAGUUGAAAUGUAUGUCUUGAUGAUUUUUGUCAUUAAAUUGAAGGGAUUCUUUAUAUAGCUAA